UCCGAAAUGUCGAUCGCCAUAGUAGACCACGCCCUUCCCUACGACACUCACAAUCUCUACGAUGUUUCCUUCUACACUCACAACAUUCACACACUGCUCACUUCUUCCCCUUCCAUGGUCGAUUCCUGGCUCUCCGAAACCCGCAACCUCUAUUCCCUUCCCCAACCUCUUCUCGUCGGCCUAGACGUCGAAUGGCGCCCGAACUUCCACCGCAAUAUGGAGAAUCCGGUCGCCACAUUACAACUCUGCGUCGGCCCUCGAUGCCUCAUAUUCCAAAUCCUUCACGCCCCAAACAUCCCCCAAUCCCUGAUCAAUUUUCUGGCAAACGCGAAUCACACUUUCGUGGGCGUUGGGAUCGAAGAGGAUGUGGAGAAACUCGUGUGCGACUACGAACUGAGUGUGGCCACAUUCGUUGAUCUGCGCGAUCUGGCGUUUGACAAGCUGGGGGAUAAUGAACUGAAGAAAUCGGGGCUCAAGACCCUGGCUCUGCGUGUUCUUGGGAAGGAAAUUGAGAAGCCAAAGAGUAUCAGUAGAAGCAGAUGGGACAAUCUGUGGCUUACUCCUGAGCAGGUAAAAUACGCCUGCAUCGAUGCCUUUAUUUCUUUUGAAGUUGCAAGGCUUUUGUAUUCUGGCCAACUCUAGGCGUGGGGAUUGCUUGGGAUUCAGAACUCGGUACAAUUCGGGGAUAAGUUAAUUCUGGUGUGAUGUGUGGUUCUGUUAAAUGUGGAUUUCAAUGGAGUUUGUUUGUAUUUUGAUGAAACUUUUCUAUGGUUCAUGAAGUGACU